UAAUGCAAACUGCUUUGUAAAACAAUACUAUGUAUGUAGACAUUUAUAUGUUAUAUUAAUGCCAUUUUUAUUGACUCAAUGACCAACCGUAGAACGACGUAUAUCGUAUAUGUCUCAUGGGUGGCUGUAAUGUAAUCGACCAUACGGAAUAAAUGUUGAGGAAACGGACAGCAGUCGGACGACAUAUACAAACACUCCCGAUACCAACGCUAAUCAACUAAACCUGAGACGCAUUUCUUUCGUGGAUGUUUGCCCAAAUUCUAAACAUGACGUCACAUGGAUUUAAGAGCAGUAAACAGGACUUUGCAUUUGGACCGUGGAAAGUGACUGCAACCAAAACACACAUCAUGAAGUCAAAGGAUAUUGAGCAUCUGGCAGAGGAUAUGAACCUGCCUUCCCUUCCAGAGAUGCUGUUUGGGGACAACGUCCUGCGGAUUCAGCACGCCGACGGCUACGGCAUUGAGUUUAACGCCAUUGACGCUCUGAAGAGAGUCAAUAACAUGGAAGACUCUGUCAAAGUCGCCUGCGCACAGGAGUGGCAGGAGAGUAGGGCAGAUUCAGAACACUCCAAAGAGGUGGUGAAACCCUACGACUGGACAUACACUACAGACUACCGGGGCACCUUACUAGGGGACACGCAGAUCACAGUGAGCGAGACGUCAGACCGGAUCGACCUGGAGAAGCUGAAGGCCCGUGAGCAGAUCAUGUUCUUUGAUGAAGUGCUGCUGUUUGAGGACGAGCUGCACGACCACGGGGUCUCCAUGAUCAGCGUCAAAAUAAGGGUCAUGCCCACCAGUUUCUUCGUGCUGCUGCGGUUCUUCCUUCGAGUGGACGGAGUUAUCAUCCGGAUAAACGACACGCGGCUCUACCAUGAGGCGGGAUGUGAAUACAUGCUCCGGGAGUUCAGCACAAAAGAAAGCAAAAUUGCAGACCUUAAGGACGUUCCUGCUUGUAAAUACACAGAUCCCAAUGAGAUCGCUCAGUACCUGACUUUAAAGCUGAGCAAGUAUGAAAAGCUGGAGCUCCCUUUGAAUGAAUCCCAGACAACAAUUGCUGAAUGAAAUGUGUGUGUGUGUGUGUGUAUGUGUUUGCGCGCACGUCUGUGCACGUAGUGGGUUUUUGUAUAUAAAACAAUGGUUAAUGUCGAGAAGGAUUUGCAACAGUUUUCAUUUCAAGUGGAACUUCAAGUGAUCGUAAAUACAAGCACGGUACCUGCGAAUAAUUCACCAGAUAAGGGUUUUUACAUUAUUUUAUGCUUUCUUACAAACGUUUUAACAGAUAAUAAAAGGCAUUCUAUUUUCCAAAAGCAUUUGAUGCAUCAAAUCAUUAGUUUGCAUAUGUUGAAUAUAACAUGCAUAAAAUACAAUCCCCCGCAUGCUUUCUCAACAUUUGUAGUUGAUCUUGACUCUUGACUUCUGAUGUUCACGGAGCUUUUGAUAAAAGUGACUGCCAGGUUUAUUCCAUAGGACAGCUGAAUGAAAUACCACCCCCAACAUUUUGAACUAGCACAAAAAGAACAUUAAUUUUACUUUGCUAUUAAAUGUACUUUAAACUGAUGAAAUGUGUAGAAGUAAGGAAUGUUUGUUGAUGAUAAUAAAAUGUAUUGACAAUUUA